GGACGAGAGAAGCCGCGGACUCCGAACGAUGUAGGUUCAGUCUUCGAAUAUACUGGUAAAAUUUAGCAGGAUUAUCUUAUUGCACGAAUCAUCAGAUCCUACCGGUGCGGCUUGCUAAGGGGAACCCCCCUAUUGCUAUUGGGUCUGUCCCAAUUAGGAAACCACUCUCUGAUUGGUUCUACCGCGGCUGGAAUCCAUAACACCACUCCAUGUCCCUAUUCUAGAGGGCAAUACAUCUAAAUGUAUGAUAAACGUAGACUGAUAGAAGAAGACCGAAAUUUUCACUUGAUCUUCCCGGGCUUUACGGAAGCCGAUAGCCCAAAGUCCGUAGAAUAGGAGGCUAAAAUGGCGUAUUUCUCCUAUCCAUCUCUACUGAUUGUCAUGGACGCUACCUGUAUCACUUUCACUUAACAACCUUCCAUUAUUUUAAGCUACCGAUAAAUAUCAUACAAGAAACCCCCUUUCAACAGAUAUGAAAAUGGUAUCCGUUUGGGAAUUUGUAUCUGAGCAAUGGCAAAAGCUCCCUGUCCUCGCUACGACGGAGACUUGUGCUGGGAAAACGUACAUUGUUACAGGCUCUAAUACCGGCCUAGGGCUUGAGGCUGCGAAACAUCUAGUCCGCGUCCGAGCUAAUAAAGUGAUCAUCGCAGUCCGAAACCUUAAGGCAGGUGAAGCGGCAAAGGCCGAGAUCGAGUCCGCAACGAACAAUCGAGGCGUCGCCGAGGUAUGGCAUCUCGACUUGGCAAGCUUUGAGUCUGUCAAAGAGUUUGCGAAGAGGGCUAUCGAGAAAUUAGAUCGCAUCGACGGUCUAAUCAAGAAUGCCAGCGUCGCGCUUGACAAGUUCGCCCUUGCAGAGGGAUACGAGUCGACUGCCACUAUCAAUAUUUUGAGCACCUUUCUUCUAGCGAUCCUCCUCCUUCCAAAGAUGACCGAGACGGCGAAACGCUUCAACAUCCAGCCUCACUUGACAAUCGCUACGAGCGAAGCUGGAUUUGCAGUCAAGGAGGCCUUUGAUAGUGUAAAGGAUAAUCUAAUGACGAAGUUGAACGACCCGAGAACGUCGGAUAUGAGACAAAGGUAUCCGGUCACCAAGCUCAUCCAACAGUUCGCAGGCCGCCACCUCGCAACCCUUCUACCAGUUUCAAAAACAGGGGUUGUCCUGAACCUUGUGAACCCUGGCCUAUGCAGGACUGCGCUUAGCCGACAUGUAGGAUUCUUUUUGCGUCUGCAGAUUGUCAUAGCCAUCUUUUUGAUCGGGAGAACUGUUGAGAUGGGUAGCCGCACGCUGCUACACGCAGUGGUGGCUGGGGAAGAGAGCCACGGGUGUUACGUCUCGGCUUGCGAGGUUAAGGAAGACCAGGUACCCAGCUGGGUGAAAGGUGAGGAGGGUAGGAAACAAGGAAAGCUUAUAUGGGGUGAGAUAGCAAGGGUUCUAGAAACAGUUAAUCCAGGUUGUCUGAGUAAAGUAUUGUAAUAUGGGCGGCAUUUGAUGUACGGAUUAGGAGUUUUAUAAACAUGAUUUUUAAAUACGGA